AUGUUCAUGUAUUGUGACAAUCAAGUCGUCAUCUUCAUUACUGAUAAUUUCACUUUUCAUGAGCAUACGAAGCACAUUGAGAUCGACUAUCACUACAUUCGAGAUAAGAUUAUGUUUGAACUUAUCUCUACUUCUCAUAUAACAUCAUCUCAUCAACUUGCAUACGUCUUCAUGAAGAGUCUAGUUGACAUCUCCUAUAACACUACAUGUACCAAGUUAAAUAUGUUCGACUUAUAUGCUCUAACUUGA